GGAUGUCCAACUCGAUUGCGAUCGGAGAAAUGAUUGGCGGAAGACGCAGGCCUGGGCCGUCGUCGUGUCGGGCCCAGACGAAUUGAGCUUCCGAGCGAAUCAGUCCCGUCCAGUAUCUCUCUCGCGCGCUCUCUCGUCGACUCUUGCGCGCUCGUGUCACUCCUCCGACGCCCCUUUCCCUUUGGCAGGAGGAGCAGGAGCAGGAGCAGGGCGAGGGCGCUGCUGCGAGUCCAGCCCCCAGCCCCGAGCGAGAGGAGAGAGAGCGCGAGAGAGCGCGAGCGAUAAAGCGCGCAGAGAGCGGAGGAAGCUUCGUCUUCGCCUGCUGCUCGUGGAGGCACGGCAGACAGAAGAAGAUUGGAUGAGAUUGCGACGUAAAGCAGUCGUCGCACUGAAGCUUCCGGCAGCGAGGAAUUAGGGGAGGAGGAGCGCCAGAGAUCCCAGUCCAAGCGAGGGCGGUCCGGGCAGAGAGAGAGGUCGAUUGACUGAAUGUGAGGAGGAGUCGAGGACGUAGAGCAGGAGCAGGGGCGGGAGCAGGAGCAAGGAGCAAGGAGCAGGAGCAGGGGACGCACACAGGGGAGUGAGAAAUGGUGGUGAGUUUAGGAGCGGGUACAGGGACUUGGGCCGCGGUUGUGGGGACGACGAGCUCCGCUGCCUCUCCUGCCGUGGAGAGAGGAGCAGCGGCACACUACGCGCAACAUUGUUCUUGCAGCUAUGGGAGCGGCAGUGGCUCGCCGGCGUCGGACGGGAUUCGUGCUGGCUCGAGCUUGAAUGAUUUAGGGAGGCCUGCUUCUUCGUCUAGGAUUCUUUCCAGGGAUUGGAGCGGUCUAGGAUUGGUUGUUCAUGGAAAGCGCCCUCACUUUCGACUUCGAGAAUGGAGACGAGCUGGCAGGAGAGACGCCCAUUGGCAUUCUUCCUCCACUCGGGCCUCGUCCGUUGCCACAGAGAGACCCCCGCAGGAAACAACCUCAGUGCCGAAGGGAGGCGUGGAAAAUCUUGUGAUCAUUGGAUCAGGUCCAGCAGGUUACACCGCUGCUAUUUACGCCGCUCGGGCGAACUUGAAGCCCAUUGUGUUCGAGGGUUAUCAGUCUGGUGGUGUACCGGGAGGUCAGCUUAUGACUACCACUGAGGUCGAAAAUUUUCCUGGUUUUCCAGAGGGCAUCACUGGUCCAGAUCUAAUGGACAGGAUGAAGAAGCAAGCUGAGCGGUGGGGUGCCGAUCUGAGGACAGAGGACGUUGAGUAUGUGGAUGUACGAAAUCGACCAUUUACAGUCAGGACCAGUGAGACCGAGGUUAAAUGUCAUAGUCUUAUCAUAGCGACUGGCGCUACCGCGAAGAGACUGGGUCUGCCUCGGGAACAUGAAUUCUGGAGUAGGGGAAUUAGUGCCUGUGCAAUCUGCGAUGGGGCAUCGCCUAUUUUUAAAGGUCAAGAAUUAGCAGUUGUUGGUGGUGGUGACACAGCUACUGAAGAAGCCAUCUAUCUUACUAAGUACGCCAAACACGUCCAUUUACUGGUGCGAAGAGAUAAGCUCCGGGCAUCAAAGGCCAUGCAAGACAGAGUAUUCAACAAUCCAAAUGUGACCGUUCACUUCAACACGGAAACCGUUGAUAUUGAAAGCAACAGUAAAGGUCAAAUGUCGGGUCUGAAAUUACGGGAUAUCGUAAACAAUGAAGAAAGAACUUUGGAGGUGAAAGGUUUGUUUUACGGGAUUGGACACAAGCCAAACAGCCAGCUUUUGGAAGGUCAAGUUGAUCUGGAUGAAUCUGGAUAUGUGAUUGUGAAGGACGGUGUUCAGACAUCCGUUGAAGGAGUAUUUGCCGCUGGCGACCUUCAGGACCAUGAAUGGAGACAGGCUGUGACGGCUGCAGGCUCAGGAUGCAUGGCAGCUCUGUCUACUGAGCGAUAUCUCACCAGCAGAGGACUUCUUGUUGAGUUCCAUCAGACCGCAGUACCGCAGGAGACAAAGAAGGAGUUCACUCCUCAAGAUGUGCAGAUGGGAUUUGAUAUAACUUUAACCAAGCACAAAGGCCAGUACGCAUUACGACGACUCUACCAUGAGAGUCCUCGACUCAUCGGGGUCUUGUACACAUCUCCAACUUGCGGGCCCUGCCGUACACUGAAACCUAUUCUCAACAAGGUCAUAGACGAAUAUGCGAAUGAUAUGCAUUUUGUGGAGAUCGACAUCGAAGAAGAUCCUGAGAUUGCCGAGGCUGGUGGUAUCAUGGGGACACCCGUGGUUCAGUUUUUCAAGAACAAGGAACGAAUAAAAGAAAUAGCAGGUGUCAAGAUGAAGAGGGAAUACCGAGAGUUUAUUAAUGCAAACAAGUGAGCUCUAUGCCCGCCCCGGUCCCGUUGUGGAUUACUGUAACGUUAUUCGUGAAAUUUGCUGGGCAUUCAUGUGAAGUAGAUCGGUUUCCAAGUGGAAGCGUUUGGUUAGCUGCUGUCAAUACUUGGGCAGAUGUUAUCUGUCACAACGGCAAGGUACAUCAAAAAUCUCCUGUGAGUAGAGGAUAUUGUUCAGUUUGUAUCUAAAUUUUUUUCUGCGCAAAGAGAAAAGCAAUCUUUGUGAAAUUCGCUUUGAUGGUCCAAGAGCCGAUGCCCGCCUUGAAUCUCAUCAUGCUCAAGACUUGUGUGAGUCUUGACAGGUGGCUCGAAUGCAGAUAAUCUCCUCAGUCACGUUUAGAAACUUGAGACUCUCCAUAGUUGUAUUUGUAUCUUAGUAAGGUUCUCCAUAGUCAGGGGCAUGUAACCAGAUCUGCAAAGCAGGAAGCAAUAAAGUAACUUCGACGUCAAUAAUCAGCAUUAUUGAAUACUGCUUGAGAGUCGAGAAGGCAUUUUUACGGUCUUACGCCCUCUGUUUGGUCACCGCAUCGUUUUUUUUAAAUUGCGUCUUCAUAUACGUGAACUUCCUCCAUUACUGGAUCUGUAAAAAAGUGAAAUUAUUGCUGUUACCCUCAUUAACCAUUAGAGGGCAAACUUUCGACAGGAGGUCAUAGUUCUUUUAGCGACUUUCUAACGAGAUCCGACUCUCGCAUUUCCUGUCUGGAUGCUACUUCCUCACCGUGAAAUUUAGCGUAUCACGCAUCACCUGAUGGUGGAAAUGCACCGAACGCCUAAUCCUAGAUCCCGUCGUCUAGUCGUAAGCACAUCGGAUAUGGAAGUUAUAUACAUUUUCAUGAGUAAAUAAAG